ACACAGGAAAGGAGUUUUCAUCGAUUGCUGCAGCCUCCAGUUCUUGAAGAUCAGUCCUAGACGCUCCAGCUCUGAGGAUCGAGAGUCUCUAUUACACACCACACGUUCUGUAUUUUCGCUCAUUCACUCAUGAUGGAGACGGACAGCAGUCACAAGACUGAGAGGAUAAUAAAUAUCACCCUUGAGAUCAUCUACCUGCUGACUGGGGAGGCUUACACUGUAGUGAGGAAAACAUCUGCUGAGUGUAAGGCACCCAGCAGCCAUCCCUUUGUGUCAGGAGGACUGAGCAGGACCCAGAACCCCAUCAUGGUGCCUCCACCUCACUCACUGAUAUAUGAGAGACACAACGACCAGAAGAUCCUGGAACUCACCAACAAGAUCAUUCAGCUUCUGACUGGAGAGGAAAGGGAGUAUAUAGAGGAACACAGGGGUCUAUACAAGGACGUGAUGAUGGAGAAUCACCGGCCCCUCACAUCACUGGAUGGGCCCAGUAACAGAGAUACCCCAGAGAGAUGUCCCCGUCCUCUGUAUUCCCAGGAUUGUACAGAGGAGAAUCACAGGACCCCACAGGAGGAUCAGGGUGAAGAUGGGAGUAAUAUGAAUGCAGGAGAUAUAGAGGGAGAAGAAGAGACGUAUGUGACUGAUAUGAAGGCAGAAGAUAUAGAGGGAGAAGAAGAGACGUAUGUGACUGAUAUGAAGGCAGAAGAUAUAAAGGAAGAAGAAGAGACGUAUGUGACUGAUAUAAAGGCAGAAGAUAUAGAGGGAGAAGAAGAGACGUAUGUGACUGAUAUAAAGGCAGAAGAUAUAGAGGGAGAAGAAGAGACGUAUGUAACUGAUAUGAAGGCAGAAGAUAUAGAGGGAGAAGAAGAGACGUAUGUGACUGAUAUGAAGGCAGAAGAUAUAGAGGGAGAAAAAGAGACGUAUGUGAGGGGUGAUCAGCAGUGUAAGGAGGAGGAGAUCCCUACAGAUAUUAGCACAGAUGAAUGUAACAGAAGGAAUAUCUCUGAAGAAAAUCUAAUUUCAUCUUCAGGUUGUAAAACAGAAGAUGAUGACAUCACACAAGAUUCUCCUGGAGAAACCCCUACUGCUCUACUCGUACCUCCUGUACCUCAAAAUGUGCUUGUGUCAUGUGGUCCCUCUAAUCAAAGGGAAUGUUCUGAUAACACUGAUAUUGGGUCAUCUUCUACAGCUCUGACAGUAGAUAAAAUAUUUCCCUGUUCUAUAGAUGACAGAUGUUUUACACAGACCGCACAGCUUAUAACCAAUCAUCCAGCUAAGGGAGGUGAGAAACCAUUUCCAUGUUCUGAGUGUGGGAAAUGUUUUACACACAACUCACGUCUUGUUACACAUCAGAGAAGUCACACAGGUGAGAAACCAUUUCCAUGUUCUGAGUGUGGGAAAAGUUUUACCGAUAAAUCAAAUCUUGUUACACAUCAGAGAAGUCACACAGGUGACAAGCCAUUUCCAUGUUCUGAGUGUGGGAAAAGUUUUACACACAAGUCACAUCUUGUUGCACAUCAGAGAAGUCACACAGGUGAGAAGCCAUUUCCAUGUUCUGAGUGUGGGAAAAGUUUUACACACAAGUCAUAUCUUGUUGCACAUCAGAGAAGUCACACAGGUGAGAAGCCAUUUCCAUGUUCUGAGUGUGGGAAAUGUUUUACACACAACUCACGUCUUGUUAAACAUCAGAGAAGUCACACAGGUGAGAAACCAUUUCCAUGUUCUGAGUGUGGGAAAUGUUUUGCUGAUAAAUCAAAUCUUGUUACACAUCAGAGAAGUCACACAGGUGACAAGCCAUUUCCAUGUUCUGAGUGUGGGAAAUGUUUUACAUGGAAAUCACUUCUAUGUCUACAUGAGAGAAUACAUACAGGUGAGAAGCCAUUUCCAUGUUCACAGUGUGGGAAAUGUUUUACCAAAAAAUCAAAUCUUGUUACACAUCAGAGAAGUCACACAGGUGACAAGCCAUUUCAAUGUUCUGAGUGUGGGAAAUGUUUUACACACAAGUCAUGUCUUGUUAAACAUCAGAGAAGUCACACAGGUGACAAUCCAUUUCCAUGUUCUGAGUGUGGGAAAUGUUUUACACGGAAAUCACUUCUAUGCCUACAUGAGAGAAUACAUAUAGGUGAGAAGCCAUUUCCAUGUUCACAGUGUGGGAAAUGUUUUACCAAUAAAUCAAAUCUUGUUACACAUCAGAGAAGUCACACAGGUGACAAGCCAUUUCCAUGUUCUGAGUGUGGGAAACGUUUUACACACAAGUCACGUCUUGUUAAACAUCAGAGAAGUCACACAGGUGAGAGGCCAUUUCCAUGUUCUGAGUGUGGGAAUUGUUUUAGCGAUAAAUCAUCUGUUGUUAGACAUCAGAAACUUCACACACAUGAGAAUGUGUAGCAUGACAGUAAUCGAAUCUUGAUAAAACUAUACUUUAUUAACACUAGUUAAAAUUUGUAUAUAUGCAGAUGGAAAGUUAUUUAUCUUACAAAUAAAUCUAAUUUCUCACAUGUUUUUGUUAAA